GAGGAGCCUGCGGGACCCACAGCGCCCUUAUGCUCUGUUCUCUGUUGGUGGACUUAGGAGCUGAAUGACACAGCAUGCCCAGCACCUUUGCUAAAGGCCCAGCUCCGAUUCCCCUCUUCCCAGUGGCAGAUGCUCGUCACCCAGAGUCCAGGACCAUGAGCGCAUUCACCUCGGCCCAGCACCCCAGUGAGCUCGAGGUCCUGUGACAGAGUGCUUUAGACUGGGCAGCUUAUGAACAACGGGUUUGUUUCUCACAGUUCUGGAGACAGCAAGGCCCUGUCAUACUCCAUGGCCAGGGAGGCCUGCUUCUUGGCGCUGAGGUGGGCCUUGUUACUGUGUCCUCACGUGCAGAAAGCAGCUCUCUGGGCUGUGAGGGCACUGAUCCCGGUGCGAGAGCCCCACCCUCAUGCCCUAAUCACCACCGAACACAUCGCCUGGGGGCUAAGGACUUCCGCCGUGAGUGUGGGGAACACAGUGGUUCAGCCCGUGGCAGCUGGUGUUAGCGGAGCAUCAAAGCUGAAAAAGCAGGCAAGGUUGUGCUCUGGGAAACACGCCUGCGCCCAUGAGUGGCAGAGCUGGGCCUGGCAGAGCUGCCCCCCGAGCCCAGCUCAGCCCUCGGCUUCCUGCCCGCAGGUGAACAAUAACGGGAUCAUCUCCUUCCUGAAGGAGGUCUCUCAGUUCACGCCCGUGGCCUUCCCCAUCGCCAAGGACCGCUGUGUGGUGGCGGCCUUCUGGGCAGACGUGGACAACCGGCGUGCGGGCGACGUGUACUACCGGGAGGCCACCGACCCGGCCACGCUGCACAGAGCCACCGCAGACAUCAGGCGCUACUUCCCCGAGCUCCCGGACUUCUCGGCCACUUGGGUUUUCAUCGCCACGUGGUACCGAGUGACCUUCUUUGGAGGCAGCUCCUCCUCCCCAGUCAACACAUUCCAGACCAUACUGAUCACCAACGGCAAGGUCUCCUUCACCAUCUUCAACUAUGAGUCCAUCACCUGGACCACAGGCACCCAUGCCAGCAGUGGGGGUGAUGCCACUGGCCUGGGGGGCAUUGCAGCCCAGGCAGGCUUCAACGCAGGCGACGGGCAACGCUACUUCAGCAUCCCUGGCUCGCGCACGGCAGACAUGGCCGAGGUGGAGGCCACUACCAACGUGGGCGUGCCCGGGCGCUGGGCGUUCAGAAUCGAUGAUGCCCAGGUGCGCGUGGGGGGCUGCGGCCAUACAACCUCCGUGUGCCUGGCCCUGCGCCCGUGCCUCAAUGGCGGCAAGUGCAUCGACGACUGUGUCACUGGCAACCCCUCCUACACCUGCUCGUGCCUUGCCGGCUUCACAGGGCGGAGGUGCCAGCUGGACGUGAACGAAUGCGCUUCACGCCCGUGUCAGAAUGGUGGGACCUGCACACACGGUGUCAACAGCUUCAGCUGCCAGUGCCCAGCCGGCUUCAGGGGUCCCACCUGUGAGUCAGCCCAGUCCCUGUGUGACAGCAAAGAGUGUCAAAAUGGCGGCCAGUGCCAGGGCGACAGCGGCUCUGCAGUGUGCGUGUGCCGCCCCGGCUACACAGGGGCCUCCUGCGAGACAGACGUGGAUGAGUGCAGCUCUGACCCGUGCCUAAAUGGAGGAGCCUGCGUGGACCUGGCGGGGAACUACAGCUGUGUGUGUGCGGAGCCCUUUGCCGGACCUCACUGUGAGACAGGAAGCCGCCCACUGCCGGACGCCUGCUUCUCAGCACCUUGCGAGAACGGGGGCACAUGUGUGGAUGCAGACCAGGGCUACGUGUGCGAGUGCCCUGAAGGCUUCAUGGGCCUGGACUGCAAGGAGAGAACCCACAACGACUGUGAGUGCCGCAAUGGAGGCAGAUGCCUGGGUGCCAACACUACCCUCUGCCAGUGCCCCCCAGGCUUCUUUGGGCUCCUCUGUGAAUUUGAGGUCACAGCCACACCUUGCAACAUGAACACCCAGUGCCCGGACGGGGGCUACUGCAUGGAGUACAGUGGGAGCUACCUGUGUGUCUGCCACACAGAUCACAACAUCAGCCACUCCCUGCCAUCCCCCUGCGACUCGGACCCUUGCUUCAACGGAGGCUCCUGUGACGCCCACGACGACUCCUACACGUGCGAGUGCCCGCGCGGGUUCCACGGCAGGCACUGCGAGAAAGCCCGGCCACACCUGUGCAGCUCGGGGCCCUGCCGGAACGGGGGCACGUGCAAGGAGGCAGGUGGCGAGUACCACUGCAGCUGCCCCUACCGCUUCACCGGGAGGCACUGUGAGAUCGGGAAGCCAGACUCAUGCGCCUCAGGCCCCUGUCACAAUGGCGGCACCUGCUUCCACUACAUCGGCAAAUACAAGUGUGACUGUCCCCCAGGCUUCUCUGGACGGCACUGCGAAAUAGUCCCAUCCCCCUGCUUCCGGAGCCCAUGUUUGAAUGGGGGCACCUGUGAGGAUCUGGGCACAGAUUUCUCCUGUCACUGCCAAGUAGGGUACACAGGGCGCUGGUGCCAGGCAGAGGUGGACUGCGGCCAGCCUGAGGAAGUGAGACAUGCCUCCGUGCGCUUCAAUGGGACUCGCAUGGGCUCUGUGGCCCUGUACGUGUGUGACCACGGCUACAGCCUGAAUGCCCCUAGCCACUUCCGCAUCUGCCAGCCACAGGGUGUCUGGAGCCAACCUCCUCAGUGUCUCGAAGUGGACAAGUGCCAGUCUCAGCCUUGCCUGAAUGGGGGCUCCUGCCAGAGUCAAGCUGCUGGGUACCAGUGUCUCUGCAGUGCAGGGUACGAGGGAGCCCGCUGCGAGCUGGACAUGGACGAGUGCCAGGCACAGCCUUGCAGAAACGGGGGCUCCUGCAGGGACCUCCCGGGGGCUUUCAUCUGCCAGUGCCUCACAGGCUUCGUUGGAGUCCACUGUGAGACAGAGGUAGAUGCUUGUGACUCCAGCCCCUGCCUGCAUGGAGGCCGCUGUGAGAACGGCGGUGGGGCCUACCUGUGUGUCUGCCCGGAGGGCUUCUUCGGCUAUCACUGUGAGACAGUGAGUGACCCCUGCUUCUCUAGCCCCUGUGGGGGCCGAGGCUACUGCCUAGCCAGCAACGGGUCCCACAGUUGCACCUGCAAGGUGGGCUACACAGGCAAGGACUGCGGCACAGAGCUCCUCCCACCAACGGCCCUCAGGGUGGACAGAGUGGAGGAGAGUGGGGUCUCUAUCUCCUGGAGCCCCCCCGACAGCCCCACCGCUAGGCAAGUGCUGGAUGGUUAUGCAGUCACUUACGUCUCCUCCGAUGGCUCCUACCGCCGCACGGACUUUGUGGACAGGAGCCGCGCCUCACACCAGCUGCGGGCCCUGGCACCGGGCCGGGCCUACAAUAUCUCCGUCUUCUCGGUCAAACGCAAUACCAACAACAAGAAUGACAUCAGCCGGCCAGCAGCGCUGCUCGCCCGCACACGACCCCGCCCUGUAGAGGACUUCGAGGUCACCAACGUGACAGCCAACACUAUCUCAGUGCGCUGGGCACUGCACAGGAUCCACCACGCCACUGUCAGCAGGGUGCGCGUGUCCAUCCUCCACCCAGAGGCUCCUGAGGCCCAGGCCACCGAUGUGGACAGGAGCGUGGACCAGUUCACAUUUGGGGCCCUGCUGCCAGGAAGGAGAUAUACAGUGUGGGUGGCCACCCUCAGUGGGCCUGGGGGAGCAGAGCAUCCCACCGAGAGCCGGGCCUCAGCGCCGCUGCCCGUGUGGACCCGGCCGCUGCCACCAGCAAACCUGACUGCCUCCCGUGUCACAGCCACCUCUGCCCACAUGGUCUGGGAUGCCCCCACACCAGGAGUAUCGCUAGAGGCUUACGUCAUCAACGUGACCACCAGCCAGAGCACCAAGAGCCGCUACGUCCCCAAUGGGAAGCUGGUGUCCUACACAGUGCGCGAUCUGCUGCCUGGGCGGCGGUACCAGCUCUCGGUGACAGCUGUGCAGGGCACAGAGCAGGGCCAGCUGCACAGUGAGCCCACCCACCUCUACAUCAUCACGUCCCCCAGGGACAGUACCGACAGACGCUGGCACCAGGGAGGACACCACCCACGGGUACUCAGGAAUAGACCACCCCCUGUGCGCCUGCCAGAGCUGCGCCUGCUCAAUGACCAUAGCCUCCCUGAGGCACCAACCCAGCCGCCCAGGUUCUUGGAGCUUGUAGAUGGACGGGGACGUGUGAGUGCCAGGUUUAGUGGCCCACCCAGCAAACCAGUCACCUCAAGAUCACAACCCACCAGCCUGGUGCCACUUGAGAACACGGAGGAGGCCCCUGAGCAGGUCUACCUGGCCCUCCAGCUCCCUGAGCGCACCGACAAGGACACGGAACGUGCCCAGGGAAGCUGCUCAGAAGAUGCCUGUCACAACGGAGGCACCUGCGUGCCUGGCGCCGACACCUACAGCUGUGACUGUGGGCCAGGGUUCAAAGGCAGGCGCUGUGAGCUUGCCUGUGAAAAGGUGCCUCGCCCCUGCACGAGGCUGUUCUCGGAGACGAAGUCUUUUCCAGUCUGGGAGGGAAGCGUCUGCCACCACAUGUAUAAAAGAGUCUACAAAGUUCACCAAGAUGUCUGCUUCAAAGAGCGCUGUGAAAGCACAAGCCUCAAGAAACCCCAACCAGGAAACAAAGUAACAGUCAAACACUGAAGAAACCUUAAGGUGCCUUACCCAGCCAACCUGAGAGCUGUUGGCCAGAGGGAAAGGUGGGCCCAUCUGCCCCAGGCCAAGCACUGCGGCUCCUCUUGGCACUGCCACAGCAAGCACGCGGGCUCUGCUAUUAUAACCCUGACCAGAGGCUGUGGAAUCCCACCCACGCCUCCCAGCAGGCAUAACCUGGUCAGCCUCAGACACAGUCAUCUUCAGGUGGAAAUAAGUCCCACUGUCUCAAGGGGAAGGAGAGUAGCUGGAAGAGGGCCUUCAAGGAGGCUGGAGACUACCCAGAAGACCACCUGGCCCCCUGGAGGGAAACCGGAUCAGGUGGUGGGAGGGCAAGGAAGGCUGAGAACCCUAGGGGUAUGAGAAGAGCAUCCUACUGUGAAUGGCGUUCUACUGGAAGGAAAAUGGGCUGAGGCCUUGGCCAAGCAACAUCUGGGAGGUCCUGAAGACAGCAGACACUGGUAUUUCCCACAUCAUCAACUCUGAAAUCAAAGAAAUGCUACCUUUGUUUGAUCCAGCAUUUCCCAGACUCUUCUGCAGAUGAAACUCUGCAUCAUGCUCACCUCCCUGCAUGUGCUCUGCUGACUCUUAAAGAGCACUGUUAUUCACAACUGAUUGGAAAAUACUGAGUGGGGCCACAGAAACACGCCUGCAGCCUGAAGCCCACUCCACACCGAACUUCUCAGCUGCACGAUGUCAGUGGGAUGAAAGCUGUGGCCUCCAGCAGCUGCCUGCACUGCCUCUGGACAAGCUGGCCUUGUAGGGCAGGAGUUGCCUCCAUCAGGAGCCACCUUGGGCAGUCUCCCUUCUCUUCCACAGCUCAGGAGAAGAGGAAAUGUCACUCAAAGGGCAUAGACCAGCCAGAACCAUGGGGCUUCUGGGAUUGUCUCACACAAAUGAGGGGUCCACAUCAUAGGGCGCACUGGGUACAGCUCUACAGGCAUCAGAAGAACAAGCUGUCAGACGAGGCCUAUGUGACGGAGCACGUAGCACAGCCAGGCUGGCUCAGAUGUGAAGUCUGUCAAGAACAGCUGGCAGCACUCAGUUCCUGUCCCCUCCCCUCUCACCUCUAAAGACACACACAACACUCCACGGUGUGCAAGCAACUGAGUCCUGGUAGGGACCAAGAGUUCAUAAACAUCCUCAGGGCUUGAAAUAUUUCAUGGCAAAGCACCUGAAAUAUUAAUGUGUAUCUUUUAAAAACUCAUCUAGCAAAUGUUUCUAUGAAAACUGUGCAAGCCCCAAUUAAUUAUCAAAUACUGAUUUAUAGAAGUUUUAUUCUGAAACAAUGAGGAAACUACAGAGGAAACAAAUACAUCCACCUGGACACCAAUCCAAGAACAAUACAAAAAUUCUCUGUAAUCCAGAGCAGCCUCAGCGAGGAGACCCGGUAUCACCAAGAGGAAGAGGGAGAGGAAAGCAGCCUGCAGACUCAAGUGAAGCCUCAAGGCUGAGCGCAGACAGCCCUGAAGUCAGGGUGAGUCUGGGCCUCCACUCCCUGCCCUCCACACACAGCCAGGCUGGAAUUCUGACACUGGAAGAAGAUGGGGUCUCUAGGGACAGUGCUUAUGGCCUCCAGAAAAGGGAGUCAUGCAGAAGGCAGGCAGUAUGCGUCCUCCUCCUCAUGCCUCACUUUGUUUUUCCUUCAAAGGCUUUGGGAUGUGCCUGUCACUGUCUACCCGCCUCAAGCGUUGCUAAAACCCAGAAAGAUGAUGUCUAACAACUGGAUCAUAAAGAGCCCCUGAGAGACAGGGUUCUAGCUGGAGGCAGCCCCUUCUGCAACCUCCAGAAAACAGACUACUACACACACCACCAUACCUGGUGACUCCUCCAGGACAAGUCACUUGUGAGGCACUGAAGCCCCUGUAAUCUAACCCAGGGUGUGGUUACUCAGAGGUGUAGUCUGUGCCCAAGUGCAGAAGUAUGCAGUGCACCCAGGGUAGCAGGGCUUCUGUGGCAAUGUUCCUGCAGCACUCAAAAACCAGCUCUCAGACUCCAGUUUCAGAGAGAGAAGCCUCCCUUGAUCCCUAACACAUGGAGGAGACAAGACCUCCGCCAGCUUCCAAAACCUAGACCAGUGGGAUGCACAGGGUGGAGACAAGGGAGCCACCCACUCCAUGCCUCCAGUUUAUGCUGUCUGGACUAGUGUGACAGAAAGAGGAAAUGUUCAUUACUACUAAAGGGGAGCUUAGUUUUAAUCUAUACAUGGGUUGGCACUUUUUCUAAAGUUCCAGGUGGUUUUUUGGGCUUUGCAGGCCUCUGUGACAACCACUCAGCUCAGCCACUGGCACAAACCACCACAGAGGUGCAACUGGAUGGGGUGGUUGUUCCAAUAAAACGUCCUUUACAAAAGCAGGUGGUGGCCAAAUUGGCCCACAGUCUACGGUCACCUAGGCUUGACUUAGAGGAAGCCAUGCUCUGGACCUGUGGACAUUCACAAAACAAAGCUAUCCAGACCCUUGCUCAGAAAACCAUGCCACACCCCAGAGGUCUCAUUCAUUUAUAAAAAUAUCCUUUGAAGUUGUAUUUUAGGCCAUCUGUUUUUAUUAAAUUUUACAUGCACA